CCAAAUUGGACCAAGAGAGACCAAAUCGGACCAACAGAGACGACGCGCGUCAAUCAAAGGCGUUGAUCAAUGGUGCAAAUGGCGCCCCAUAGUCAACGACCUCCACACGACACCGUCCAGGAGGCCAGGAGUAUAUAACACUCGAUCGGGGGAUCAGGGGGGUACCAGCUAUCUCCCUUCACCUGUUCAAACCUCUUCGAAACAAUCACACCAAACUUGAUCUUUCCAUCAUCAACAUGUCUUCAUCCACUCAGAAAUCCGCCAUUGUCAGCGGUACCAAGGGCAACAUGACCGAGCCCAUCACGGUCAAGAUCGUCGACGCUCCUAUCCCUGAACCUGGUGCGGAAGAGGUCUUGAUCGAGGUCGUGGUCAGCGGGUCGAACCCCAAGGACUGGAAGAUUCCUCCUUGGCAAGGCAAGAACCUCAACACCGGGGACGAUAUUGCCGGUCUCGUCCAUAAGGUCGGCAAGAACGUGACCGAGUUCAAAAAGGGAGACCGAGUCGCCGCUUUCCACGUCAUGAUGUCCGACCACGGCUCGUUUGCCCAGUACAGCAUAGCGCCUCAACAUACCACCUUCCACAUCCCGGAGAAGACAUCCUUUGAAGAAGCAGCCACCCUCCCUUUGGCGGCUAUGACCUCGGUCAUCGGAAUGUUUGACCGUCUUCAACUUCCCACCCCGCUGGCACCUGCUAAGGAAGAACUUCCCUUGCUCGUUUACGGUGGUUCUUCCGCGGUAGGAGCGUUCGUCAUCAAGCUCGCCGUGCUAGCCAAUAUUCACCCUAUCAUCGCUGUAGCUGGAUCAGGUGGAGAUUACGCCAAAUCCAUCGGGGCGGACCAUAUCGUCGAUUACCGGAACAAGAACGUCGUCGAAGACAUCAAGAAGAUCUUGGGUGGGAAGAAGUUGUUGAGGGCCUAUGAUGCCAUUUCCGAAGGAGAUUCUGUCAAGGAUAUCUCUGCUGUCCUUGCAGAUGGCGGGCUACACACUACCGUCCUCCCCGUCCCCGAGGAAGAGACCUCCACCCGAACAAAGAUCCUCCGAACGAUGGUCGGGGACGCCCACUCUGGCGCUCCUUACCUUCAAGACCUUGCCUCGGCCUACUACCGUCUCUUCGGCAAAUGGCUUCAAGAGGGCAGGUUCGAGCCUCAUCCUUACGAGGUCGUCAAGGGCGGCUUGGAGGGGGUGGAAGAAGGACUGAGGAGGUUGCAAGAGGGGAAGGUUAGCGCGAAGAAGUUGGUCUUCAAAAUCGCGGAUACUCCGGGUCUGAAGGCUUGAGGUCUAGGUUGUUGAGUGGGAUCGAAACCGGGCAACUCUAAAAACAUUAGACCAGGCGGGAGUGACUGUAUCUCAAUUAGUUAAAAGUAUACAAAUCGAAACGAAACACUCGACUGCUGUUCGAGCGGAAGUAC